AAAGGUAAGGGGAGGGUUUACAAAGAGAUGGAAAGAGAGAACGAGGGAGUAAAGCAAAGCAUGUUGCCAGUGUUGGCUCCGUAACUCACUGUGAGCGGAGACGGGAGGGAGAGCAAAAAAGAGAGACAGAGAGUCACACAUUCACACACUCUCUCAAUCACCCUCAUUCACACACACACACACAUAAACUCUCACAGUUUCGCAGAUUCAGAGGUGCCUUGCUUAAGAGACUCUGUUACGCACGCCUGCAGGGGUGAGAAUACUUUCAGCAGUGAAAACUGGGCUAGAACAGAGGACCGGAGCACCGGGACAGACCCCAAAGCAGACCUUCUUCAAACAGGACCUUUACAGCAUGUAAAGCCGGACAAACAGAUAUGUGCACCAUCCAUCCUUAACAUUCCUCCGUUUCAUCCCUCCAUCCGUGCCUCCCUCCCACCUCUCCUCUCAAGUGGUGUGAAGGACACGGAGCUACGGGUUCCUCAGUGCUUGCCGCCUGGUUGCCUUACGGGAGUCUGGGGGAGGCUUGGUGCUCCCCUCCGCUCUCUCGCGCUCUCACUCGUUCAUGAAUGUCACCUCUAUCUGCGGAAGCUGCUGGAAUUUACAAACACUCUCUCGGGAGCUUGGGGAAAGGGAGCAAAGGGGAAUGUCUGAAGGGCUGAAAGGGAAAAGAACUUCCGAUUCCUCUUAUCCCUAUCCAUCUGAUCAUCCACAGACAUGAGGUCCAGGGUUGAUGACAUCAGUUUUUGACUUUUCGUCAAUGUGUCUGUCUUUUUUAUUUUUUGCAGUCAUAGUGUCAUGGAUGCGAUACUUUGGAAUCAGCAGUUGGAACCAUACGGAUAAAACGAUUGGACUUUUUAAUGCCUUUUUCCAAAUCAUAUGUAGAACGAUUUUCAACCUGAGAGGUUUCUGAAAACCGACCCCAAAUUAUGGGAUGGAAGUGAGAGGCAUCUUCAGGGAAUAGAGCCGGAAAGGAAGAGUAUGAUGGUGCUGUGAUGGCUCGCUUAUAUUUCAGAAUACCAGUACAGUUUCAUGGAUCAUCUGCUGCCACUUUUCCAGUCUACAUACUGUGCAGCAAGAUCUAAAAUAAGCAAUCCUAACUACGAUAGCUGCUGUUCAUCAGAAUCACCCCACCAGUUGUGACGCAUUCUUCCUUUGGUUAUUGUGGGAGAUCCCGCUGUAGUCCAAACAUCUGCCGUCUCCGGCUCCUCUCCUCUGUGACCCUGGGUGAUCGGACAGGUGGGCAGGCCACUGACGCCUUCUGCGCCCCACGGGUGAGCGGGGCACAGCAAAAUGGCUGCCCUCGCCAGCUCACUGAUCCGGCAGAGAAGGGAAGUCAAGGACCCCAAGGCCAACCGGCAGAUCUCCAACAAACGCAAGCCUUGCCCCAAGAGCAACAAGUCACUCUGCCAGAAGCAGAUCCUCAUCCUCAUCUCCAAAGUCCGGCUUUGUGGCAGUCGAGGAAGAAAGCUAGAAAAAAGACCCGAGCCGCAGCUGAAAGGCAUCGUCACUCGCCUGUAUUGUCGCCAUGGCUUCUACCUGCAGAUGUUACCCGAUGGCACCUUGGACGGCACAAAGGACGAAAACAGCUCCUUCUUGCUGUUCAACUUGAUUCCUGUGGGCUUGAGGAUAGUCGCCAUCCAGAGCACCAAGACUGGACUCUAUAUAGGCAUGAACAGCGAGGGCUACCUCUACACAUCAGAACAUUUCACACCGGAGUGUAAGUUUAAGGAGUGUGUGUUUGAGAACUAUUAUGUGACGUACUCCUCGAUCUUGUACCGUCAAACGCAAUCGGGGCGGGCCUGGUACAUCGGUAUAAACCGGGACGGACAGGUCAUGAAGGGAAACCGGGUCAAAAAGACUAAAGGAGCAGCUCACUUCCUGCCCAAGCUUAUAGAGGUUGCCAUGUACAGGGAGCCAUCGCUACAUGACGUUGCAGAGCAAAGCCCGCCUCGGAAAACGGCCAAAACGUCAGACUCACCUGUCCAUAAAAACAGCAAGAAAGAGCAUCUGCUGACAGUCCCUACAGCAUCCUAGCGGCAGGAGAAAUGCUUCAUUUGCACAGACACGCCAUGAACGCCAGCAGUGGCACUGGAGGUUUGGUCCCUCCACCGAUUCUCAGACCUUACCAACAAUGCAUCAGGGCUCAAAAGACCCUCGCCAACAGGUCUAACGCUCACCGCACCUCCUUUUUGGUCUCUUCCGCUUCCGUAAUCAAGGGAAAAUAUUGAGCAAUAAUAACUGGAAUGGUCUGGGGUCACACUGCAACGAGACGCUAUUACAAGAACCGCAACACUCGAAGGAAACAAUCUUUGUCUUCCUUUUUUUAGUAUUUCAACAAGAAACACUUCCUCUUUGUGAAGCAAUUCGUGCUUGACAUUUAAACCCUUCCAUUUCCUUUUGUUCAGGCGUUCAUAGAUCCCCUAAAUCUCUUUUUGACCAUUUCUAAGCCUUGUUUGUAAUCUACUUUCCUUUUUCUACCUCUUCUGCACUUUGAUUAGCUUGAAACAUAGAGGCCAUUUUCCACUUCACAACACAGGAAAAGCCCUGCUUACUCUCCCAGGGAACAUUAAAGAUGCACACACACACACACACACACACACACACACACACACACACACACAAACACACACAUACAAACA